AUGUAUAAUCAUCGAUAGUUGUAAAAAACAUCGAUAUUUCUCCACCCAUAAUAUGCUGCCGGAGUCGGUCACACUGCUGCUGCUGGCAUUAUUUAUAUUUUUGCAAGUUUCGAUUAUAGCUUCAUUUUUGUAAUUUAUUGAGUUGGAAAGGAAAUACAUAAGCUAUGGAGCGGCCCCAAAAGAUGCCCAAGGUGGCCAAGGUGAAGAACAAGGCACCGGCGGAGGUGCAGAUUACGGCGGAGCAGCUACUCCGUGAGGCCAAGGAACGCGACUUGGAAAUCCUGCCGCCGCCGCCAAAGCAAAAGAUCUCCGAUCCUGCCGAGCUGGCCGAUUACCAGCAGCGCAAGCGAAAGACAUUUGAGGACAAUCUGCGUAAGAACCGCAUGGUCGUCAGCCACUGGAUCAAAUAUGCGCAGUGGGAGGAGCAGCAGCAGGAGAUCCAGCGGGCGCGCUCCAUUUGGGAGCGGGCGCUGGACAACGAGCACCGGAACGUGACGCUCUGGCUAAAGUACGCUGAGAUGGAGAUGAAGAACAAACAGGUGAACCAUGCCCGCAACCUGUGGGAUCGUGCCGUUACCAUAAUGCCGCGCGUCAACCAGUUCUGGUACAAGUACACCUACAUGGAGGAGAUGUUGGAGAACGUGGCCGGGGCGCGGCAGGUAUUUGAGCGCUGGAUGGAGUGGCAGCCGGAGGAACAAGCCUGGCAGACGUACGUGAAUUUCGAGCUGCGCUACAAGGAGAUCGAUCGAGCGCGCGAGGUCUAUGAGCGCUUCGUCUAUGUGCAUCCGGACGUCAAGAACUGGAUCAAGUUCGCUAAGUUCGAGGAGUCCCACGGCUUCAUCCAUGGCGCGCGGCGUGUCUUUGAGCGGGCGGUGGAAUUCUUCGGGGACGAGUACAUCCAGGAGAGACUGUUCAUUGCAUUUGCCCGCUUCGAGGAGGGCCAGAAGGAGCAUGACCGGGCGCGCAUUAUCUACAAAUACGCGCUGGACCACCUGCCCAAGGACCGAACCCAGGAGCUAUUUAAGGCCUAUACCAUACACGAGAAGAAAUACGGCGAUCGGGCUGGCAUCGAGGACGUGAUCGUUUCCAAGCGCAAGUACCAGUACGAGCAGGAGGUGGCCGAAAAUCCCACCAACUACGACGCCUGGUUCGACUACCUGCGCCUCAUCGAGGCGGAGGGUGAGCGCGACCAGAUCCGCGAGACGUACGAACGUGCCAUUUCGAAUGUGCCGCCGGCGAACGAGAAGAACUUCUGGCGGCGCUACAUCUAUCUGUGGAUCAACUACGCCCUGUACGAGGAGCUGGAGGCUGAAGAUGCGGAGCGCACGCGCCAAAUAUACAAAACCUGCCUGGAGCUGAUACCGCACAAGCAGUUCACAUUCAGCAAGCUGUGGCUGCUCUACGCCCAGUUUGAGAUCCGCUGCAAGGAGUUGCAGCGGGCGCGCAAGGCCCUUGGCCUGGCCAUUGGUAUGUGUCCGCGCGACAAGCUCUUUCGCGGCUACAUCGACCUGGAGAUCCAGUUGCGCGAGUUUGAACGCUGCCGGCUGCUGUACGAGAAGUUCCUGGAGUUCGGACCAGAAAACUGUGUCACAUGGAUGAAGUUCGCAGAGCUGGAGAACCUCCUGGGCGACACGGAGCGGGCGCGGGCCAUCUUCGAGCUAGCGGUGCAGCAGCCGCGUCUGGACAUGCCGGAGCUGCUUUGGAAGGCGUACAUAGACUUCGAGGUGGCCCUGGGCGAGACGGAUCUCGCCCGGCAGCUCUACGAGCGGCUGCUAGAGCGCACACAGCACGUGAAGGUCUGGAUGUCAUUUGCCAAGUUCGAGAUGGGCCUCAACCAUGGUGACAGUGGCCAGGACGCCGAGCUGAACAUGCGACUGGCGCGGCGCAUUUACGAGCGCGCCAACGAGAUGUUACGCCAGCUGGGCGACAAGGAGUCGCGUGUCCUGCUGCUGGAGGCCUGGCGUGACUUUGAACGGGACGCAGCCUGCGAUAAUCAGGCGUUGCAGAAGGUGCUGGACAAGAUGCCGCGUCGCAUCAAGAAACGGCAAAAGAUUGUCUCAGACGAUGGCGUCGAGGAGGGCUGGGAGGAGGUCUUCGAUUACAUCUUCCCCGAGGACGAAAUGGCUAGGCCCAAUCUCAAGCUCCUGGCCGCUGCCAAGAUGUGGAAGAAAAAGAAGGACGUCACGGAGGACGACGUACCUGCUGUACCUGCUAUUUCAUCGGAUCCAGAGCCAGUAGCAUAUGGUGAGGCUGAAGAUGCGACAACUGGCAACGACUGAUCCACAGUCUCUGGCAUUCCAUCAUGCAAGAAAAGCACGUCCUUGGUCCGUCACGAAUAAAGUUGAAUCGAUUAAAGACAGCACAAUGUGUCUAUUAAACGGUGAUGUUCGCUGUA